AUUUAAGCGCAUCAAAGCCACAGCCUGUUCCUCUCUCUCUUUCUCCACGCUAGUAUCGCCAGUUCCCACCAACCCCGUCUGAGAGGAAAAAAAGGGAUCCCCUUUUUAUUGAGAGACCGCGUCCCGUCCCUCCGGUUCUCUUCUCUUCUCUUCUCUCCGUCGCCACGACCAAGAGAACGAGGGAGGGAGAUGGGGGACGCGUUCUGCCCGGACUGCAAGAGGAGCACGGAGACGGUCUUCGACCACUCGGCGGGGGACAUGGUGUGCUCGGAGUGCGGGCUGGUGCUGGAGGCGCACUCGAUCGACGAGACGUCGGAGUGGAGGACGUUCGCGAACGAGUCCGGGGACAACGACCCCGUCCGCGUCGGCGGGCCCACCAAUCCGCUCCUUGCCGACGGCGGCCUCUCCACCGUCAUCUCCAAGCCCAACGGCGGCCAGAGCGACUUUCUCUCCUCCUCUCUCGGCCGCUGGCAGAACCGCAGCUCCAACCCCGAUCGCUCCCUCAUCCUCGCCUUCCGCACAAUCGCCACCAUGGCCGACAGGUUGGGUCUUGUUGCAACUAUCAAGGAUCGGGCCAAUGAGAUAUAUAAAAAGGUGGAAGAUCUCAAAUCCAUUAGGGGAAGAAAUCAAGAUGCAAUUUUAGCUGCUUGCCUAUACAUUGCUUGUCGACAAGAGGACAGGCCUCGCACUGUAAAAGAGAUAUGUUCUGUUGCCAACGGAGCUACAAAGAAGGAAAUUGGCCGUGCAAAAGAGUUCAUAGUGAAACAGCUUGAAGUUGAGAUGGGUCAGUCCAUGGAGAUGGGCACAAUUCAUGCGGGAGAUUUCCUGAGACGGUUUUGUUCACAUCUUGGCAUGACAAAUCAAGCAGUCAAGGCUGCUCAAGAAGCAGUACAGAAGUCAGAAGAGCUUGAUAUAAGGAGGAGCCCCAUAUCAAUUGCAGCAGCUGUCAUUUACAUGAUAACUCAGUUGUCGGAUGAUAAGAAACCCCUCAAAGAUAUAUCCUUGGCUACUGGAGUGGCAGAAGGCACCAUAAGAAAUUCCUACAAAGAUCUUUAUCCUUAUGCUUCAAGGCUCAUUCCAACCUCCUUUGCCAAGGAGGAAGACUUGAAGAACCUCUGCAGCCCAUAGUUUGGUAUCAACUUGUUAUACUGAACAUGGAAAUAUAAGACUGAUCAUUGAGGAUGAUGCUGAACAAACAAUGCAUGGUUUGAUUGAUUUAUCGAUCAUUCGGUACUUAGUUGUGAUUUUGAUGAGCCCAUGCGCAUCUAGUUUUUGGUAUUGGACUUGUGGAUGGAAAUUAAAUGGGACUACAUCAAAAGAUGGUGUUUCAUUUUUUACUGCAUCAGGGAGUUGAUCAGCAAGGGCUGGUGUCUGAUGUGAAAGAAUCUACUUUCCCAUCUCAGGGUAAUCAUAACUUCAGACACAAAAAAGGGGUCCUUUCUAAAAUAGAUGAGAACAACUUUCUAAAGAGUAGCCAACUCAAAGCAGUCCAUAGCAUAGUGUGAGGGUAAUAGUGGUUACUGGUCAAAUGUGCUGGAAAAUUGAGAUUAUAUUAGUAAUUUGCUUAUGCAAAAGCUGUUUUUUUCUCCAAAA